AUGUCUGAACUUCCAACUUACGAAAAACAACAAGAAUGGAGAGACAUCCAAUCCUUCCUCCCAGACCGUCUACACUUCACACCCGACCACUCUCCCACCGAAGAAGUAUGGCAUCACCGCGGCCACGCUCUCCACCUCGACAGAUGGCGCAACCCCUCCGCCCGCGCCAGAUUAAUAAUGCAUCACGGCAUGGGCACAAACGGCCGCAUGAUGUCAAUGCUUCUCGGCGUGCCCCUCCAUAAAGCAGGUUUCGAACUCGUCGCAAUCGACAUGCCUGGCUACGGCUGCACGGUUCCGAAAAAGGGGCAUGUUUGGGAUUAUGAGGAGUGGGUCAAUAUCGCGAGUGAGUUUGUUGAUUACGAGUAUGAGAAUGAUGAACGGCCUAUUGCACUUUAUGGACUAAGCGCUGGGGGUGGUUUGACUUUUCAUAUCGCGGGGAUGAAUGAGCGUGUUAGGGGCAUCGUGGGGAUGUGUUUUAUGGAUAUGAGGAUUCAGCUUGUCGCUGAUGCUGCGUGUCGGAAUCUCUUUAUGAGUCGUAUCGGUGAACCGAUGGGAAGGGGGAUGCACGCUCUCGGUCUAGGAUGGAUGUCGAUGCCAAUGUACAUCACCGGCCGAAUGUCAACACUGGUUAACAAUUCUCUAGCCUUGGCAGCUUGUAUGCGCGAUAACAGCUCUGCGAACGCUUGGGUAUCGAUGAGCUUCUUAUCGUCAUUUACGACGUAUAAACCUGCCAAGGAACCGAAAGAUUUUGAUACGUGUCCGAUUUUGUUGACGUAG